GGCUGUAUGAACGCAUGUACGGUAUCCCAUAUAACCAACUUUCUUAUUUUAUUUUAUUUUAUUCUUAUUUUAUUUUAUUUGGCUGUAUGAACCCACCAAUAAACGGUCGAAGAAGCGUUUCAACCUAUAUCUCUGGUUUCAACCUGGCUUCAACUUCCGCUGUUCUUUUUUUUGUUUACUUAAAAAGGUAAUUCCCAGGCUGUUAAAUAUAUGUCAAACUUCAAACUCAAAACAUAUGAUCUUUGAAAAUUGUUUUAUUUGGUAUUUGCUGGUAUUUGGUAGUUUUAUUAUUAUUUGUAUAUCAGAUAAAAAAAUGUUUGUGUUAAAAAUUGUGUGUAAUGACUAAUGGACCAACAAUUCCGCACACUGGAUAUAGCUAAACUGAACCCGGAUUAUUUUUCCCUUUGCUAUUGAACUUUUUUAUUAGGAACUAUGGAUAAUAUAGAUGAAGUAGUAAUAGAUUUAAAACCCCCAAAAGAUGCUGCCUUCAAUAACGAAUCAAUUAGUUUGGAACAUGUUAAACAAGAAAUUAAUAUUUCUGAAGAAAAUAUAAAUGGAUUAUCAGAUGAUAAGUUUGAACUUGAUACCCAGGCUGUUAAACUUACCAACGAAGAAAGCCAUCAACAUGGAAAAUAUAUUCAAACCAGGGUAUCAUCUAAUGAUAAAUUAAAGAUACGACACGAGGAAGUUCACUUGGCACAGGAAGAACGACAGAUGUUUCCUUGUGUGCACUGUGGCAAGAAAUAUGCAAGAAAACAAACCUUAAAAUAUCACCUCGAGGAUAGUCAUGCUGAUUCCAGGUCAAAGUAUGCGUCGAAAAAAUUCCAUAAAUGUUCCAUUUGUGGCUACCAAUCACGAUAUAUGUCAUUCGUUAAACGACACGAGGAAGUUCACUUGGCACCGGAAGAACGACAGAUGUUUCCUUGUGUGCACUGUGGCAAGAAAUAUGCAAGAAAACAAUCCUUAGAACAUCACCUUGAGGAUAAUCAUGUUGAUUCCAGGUCAAAGGAAGCGCGGAAAAAUAUGCAAAAAUGUUCCAUUUGUGGCUACCAAACACGGAAUAUGAUACAUUUUGGACAACACCAGCAAAUUCACUUGGCACCAGAAGAACGACAGAUGUUUGCUUGUGCGUAUUGUGACAAGAAAUAUACAAGAAAAUAUAAAUUAAAAUGUCACCUUGCGGAUAAUCAUAUUGAGUCUAGUUACAAGACUAUUAAGCCGAAAAAAAUCAAUCACAAAAAAAAGGAAUCAAAGAAAAAGUUCUAUAAAUGUGCAAUAUGUGACUUUCAAACACUACAUUCACCAAAUCUUACACGACACAAGAAAGUUCACUUGCCACCGGAAGAACGACAGAUGUUUGCCUGUAUACAGUGUAACACGAAUUAUAGAUCAAAAAUGGGUUUACAACGUCACCUCAAGCGUGGUCAUGUUGAUUCCAGAAAUGCUGAAUUUCCAGAAAAAUCUCCAACUGAUGAAGUGAUAUUAGAUUCUUUAAAAAUUGAACUUGAUGACCACGCUCUGCUUUUGGAUGACUCUAAAAAUUCUGAAUGUCUACCAGUGAGUAAUGAAGUAAAAUCAGAAGAUUUUUUAAAAACAGAACCUGAAUAUGUCGCCUUGAGUCUGAAUAGAGACAUGCAUGAUGACUUUAGCGUUUCCAGUCAUGCUGAUUGCAUAUCUGUAACUGAUAAAGUGAUAUUAGAUUCUGUAAAAAUUGAAAUCGACGAUCCGCUUUUGGAUGACUCUAAAAAUUCAGAUUGUAUAUCUGUGACUAAUGAAGUAAAAUCAGAACCUGAAGAUGUCGCUCUGUUUCUGGAUAGAGACAUGCACGAUAACUUUAAUCGGACUCAUUUUUCUCAAUCCGACCAUAUUCUGGAACGGAACGCUCGAAUCUCGCAGCCCGACUGAGAAAUCCCAACUGAAGCGCUCUGCAUGCUGCCAACAAUCUGCAGAAUUUUGUCGGCAGGAAGAAAAUAUUUAGGAGAGUGGAACUACUCUUUUCCUUCUACCAUCAUACGGCUGUGUUCGUGAUUAAAACAAUUAGUGGCUAUAAUAAGAUUUACUGUUCAUUUAUAUUUAUAAUAAUAUAACAAAAAAAAAAGGAAUAACAGGAAGACUUUAAAAAUAAAUUAUUAGGAAAUAUAAUAGUUAAUAAAAUAAUUUUUAAACCAAUAUUAUACAAUAUAAACAAUAAUUAUAGUACAGGAUCUGGCUGCAGGAUUAUUACACUCAUCAUAUUUUAAAUCAAAACCUAAUUUUUACGUUUAUUUAUGAAUUAGGGGAAUACACUUUUAACAGGGUGCCAAUCAAAAAGUUGCCACAAACAAGGUAUAUGGGCCCGGCAAUCAUGCGUCGGGCGUCGGGCAUCCUAUAAUAAAAAACUUAAGAAUUUUGGAUAAGUGUAAACCUAAAGUAUGUUUUAGGAUGUAUUUCAGAAAAAUAUUUUACAUAACUUCUACAGGAUGGCUCGAAAAUUCGUUGUGAGUUGAUCGUGAUGAUUUUUUUUAA